AUGCGUUUCUCAACACUCUUUGCGUCUGUCGGCCUCGUAGGCUCUGCCCUUGCUGGCAUUGUCCCCAAAUCCUACAGGGUUCCUGCUGCGAAUGGUUUCCCCGACCCCGAUGCUUCACAGGAGAAGCAGAUCGCCAUCCAGGCCGGUGGAAAGCUCCCUGGUGCUCCUCUUCCUACCACUCUCGGUGUUGGUUCUACCACAGCUUUCCAGCUGAUUGCCUUCAACGAGCUCUUUGAGACUGCUUACUUUUGCUCUCUUCUCUACAAUGUCACCAACGGCAUUGAAGGAUACAAGGUUGAGGGCGACAAGUUGCAUGAGGCCAAGCAUGUUCUCAAGACUGUCCUUGCUCAAGAAGAGCAGCACGCUAUAGGCGCCCUGGCCACUCUCAAGUCAGCCGGCAAAUUUGCCCCUUCGCCUUGCAAAUACCAAUUCCCCGUUGACAACCUCAAGGACGCCAUUCUCCUCGCUGAGACCUUCACUGCCGUUGUUCUCGGUGCUCUCCAAGACGCCAACGUCGUCUUCGCAAGCGAGGGUCUUCCAGAGGUUGUCCGCCUGAUCUCAUCCGUCAUCGGCCAAGAGGGCGAGCAAAAUGGUUUCUACCGUAUCUACCUCGGCCAGGUCCCCUCUGAGUCACCAUUCCUGACCACUGUCCCUGCUGCUUUCGCCUGGUCUGCUCUCCAGGGUUUCAUUGUUCCUGGCUCUUGCACUGAGGAUAUCAAGAAGAUCGACCUUCCCAUCUUCCCUGCUCUCCAGGUCAACGGUGGUGCCAUUGCUGUUAUUGAGGCUGAGGACCAAAGCCUAACUUUCAGCGCUACUCUCGAGGAGUCUUACAAGGGCGAGGAUAUCUACAUCACCUACACCACUGGCCAGCAACUUCCCUAUAGUGUCAAGGCCGAGAACGUUAAGUGGGAUGGAACCAGUGUCAAGCUUAAGGCUGAAUUCCCCUACCACAAGCUGGUCGCUCAGGGCUUCACCCACGCUGCUCUGACUACUUCCAACAACAUUGCCACUCCUGAUGACGUUCCCAACGUCACUCUUGCUGCUCCCGGUCUCAUCCAAGUCAAGAACCCUCUUGACGGCGGCAAGGGAAGCUCCUCUGACUAA